UGUUUGAGCCAUAUCCGUGGGCUCUGACCCUGUACCGCCUUCUGGGUCCCUUCCUGCUUCGCUCAAAACGCAGUGCGUCCCAGGAUGAUAACAUUCCUCGGCCCGUCCACAGUGGAAACUUUGUCAUCGGUACCGUACUCUCUUCCACAAGAUUGAAAAAGGUGGAAAAAGGUGAAGUGGACGUCUGUGCGAGACCAUCGGGUCCGUUGCGUGAAGUUAUGGGCCCGAAGAGCUCCAGUGCCCGUCACGGCACUAGGCGAGGGUGGGCAUGGAGAGUGGGUGAUCGACGAACAAGGUUCGGCAAACCACUGUUGCUAGCCUGCCUCGCGGGUCGGAGUUGCCUUAUGAAGGAUAAUUUCCCCCCUCAGUACAUGUGCUCGCAGAUGUUGCCCCCAACCUUGUCGCUGGUCCGCUCGACGGUCUCCAGCGUGUCUGCCUGUCCGUAUGCUCGUCUGCCCGUCCGCACCUUUGCUCAAAGCUAUCCCACCCGCGCCUUGAAUCUUAUCGUUGUUUGCUCUUUGUUUGCCACGCUACUACUAACCCCGUUCGUUCCCAUGCCGCCUCCCAUCUUGGCCCCUGAAUUUGCGGCAACAGCCAGCAAAACUCAAUGAUGGUGCAGUCGUCCGAUGCCUACCCUUUCAAAAAAGGGUCGAGGUUCACGGGUCCGCACAGUCGAAGGCAAGUAGGGAGAUACCCUGAAGAAAGCAACCUUCCUCUCCUAGCGCUGAUCCUUUUCCUAUUCGAC